AUGCAAAAGUUGGAUGAGUCACCAGAUUUUCGACCAUUCAAAUUCAGAAUUCAAGCAUUUACAAAUGCUUACCAUGAUGAAUUGAUCCGCAAUGGAUACACGGAAGAAAUUUUACCAUUAAGAAAAGAUGGAAAGAAAGCUAAAUCUAAGGGAAAUCAUGUUUGGAAUAUUGAGGCCAAAAAAACCCCCACUGGCGGUUGGGUGUUCCGUGAAUUUACCCGCAAAAUUGCAGGUAUACCUAAUAAAAUCGCCUAUGUUGGAACUGAAUCUACGCUUGAAGAAAGAGAGUCAGAAAUUAAUGCCUUCUGGAUGUCAAAAAACCAGGAUGAAAAGAAGCAUAGAAAAAGAAUUGAAAAUGCCGAGAAGAAGAGCAAGCUGUGUGAUAUAAAACAUCAUGCACUAACUUUCAAUAAUCAUUUGUGUAGGCUUGGGCUUUCGUCAAUAGUUGACCUUUCUUCCGAAUUCUCUGGUGGUAUGUGCUCCUGGUUUGGUGAGGAAUGGCCAGACCUUAAAGCAAAGGCCCUGUCGCAGAUAAACAUCAAACCAAAGAAAUUUGGAAGUGCAAUUGAAAGUGACAUUAACAGAAUAGAAGAGAUGUUUUUAACAGAUCCCUUCAUUUUCGUGGAUAAAGAAGGAAAUAAACAAAAUUUAACAGAGAUUGAAUUUGUGCUCAAAGUUGCAGGUCCAAUAAUAGAUAUAAUAUUUUCCGAUGUUCAACAUCUUGUUCAGCUUAAAUGGGGAGAAAUGGUUUCAAAAGCAACAGCAGUUGGAAGAAAAAUCGACUUACAAGUUACAUGCCGAGGAAAAAAUCAGGGAAAAAUUGUGGAGCUUAGCCAUUCUGAGUGCGCUUGUAGAACAACUCCUACUAAAAUUAUUAGUGAUCGCAGUAAAUGCCUGAGAACAAAUAAAUCUGUUCUUGAUAAAUAUCUUUCGCAUGAUCUGUCUGAUGAAAUGAUCAAAAAUUCUGCAGUUAUUGGGUUGCAGUUAGCAGCUUUAUAUGGUCAAAUAAUUGGUGUUGACUUAUUAGAUCAUGGAUUGUAUUUUGGUUUUGAAGGGCCACUAUUAAGGUAUCCUGCUCAAAUCAAUGAUAUUGCUGUUCUGAAACAAACUUUGGAAGCAUUAUAUUUCUUUAAGGAAAGUAUUGUUCACAAAGCAGAAGCACUAUUGUGUCUUAAUAAGGAUUCGGAUCCCUUUAAUACACAAUCCACAAUUGAUUUUCAAGUAACCUCUGAAUUCAUUAAUAUUAUCUUUGGAACUACACUUUGCUCACCAGAAGCAUGUUGUAUUUGUGGUAUGCAACGUCAUGGUAUAUUAAAGAGUGGUUCAAAUACUGGGAUCGAUAAAAAUGAAAAUUUAUUUCAACAUAGACUAAAUCAUUUACCAGUUGUAGAAAACAAGAUCAAAACUCCAACAGGAAGUGAAUUUGAAGGAGCCGCAUUCAAAGGUAAAAUUUGUGGAGUGUCAAUCAUGAGAGCAGGCGAAGCAAUGGAACAAGGAUUGCGUGAAUGUUGCAGAAGCGUAAGGAUUGGAAAGAUUUUGAUACAACGUGAUGAAGAAACUGCCAAACCUCAAUUACCACCUGAUAUCUCUAGUAGAUAUGUAUUAUUGUUAGAUCCAAUGCUUGGAUCAGCACUUAAAGCCAUAGAAGUUUUGUUGGAAUAUGGAGUUUUAGAGGAUAAAAUAUUAUUUUUAAAUUUACUUUGUUGUCCUGAAGGUAUUAAAGCAGUAACCGAGAAAUAUAAAAAACUUAAAAUAAUCACAUCUUUUAUUGAUCAAGGAUUGGAUGAGAAGAAAUAUAUUAUACCAGGAAUUGGUGAUUUUGAGAUAGAAAGAUGA